AUGAAGUUUUUCGAGAAAAUGAAGAACGUCAUUGCGGGCCGUCGCGGCUCGGAUUCCAUGAACUAUGGAGGCGAGUAUGGUUCCCAUGCCGCCGAUGGCCUCGGGGACAGAGCCGACUACUCUCCGUUCCAUGCUGAAGACUACGGGUCGAGAUUUGGGAGCUAUGAGACUAAACCGCGACCUGGUACCUACGGUUCGGGCGAUUAUGGUGCUCAAACCCGUACAUUGGGUUAUGGACCUGGUGGUGGCUACGGGCCUCAUACAAAUGGACGCAACCAUAGCUUUGCCACUAAUAGGUAUGGCUCUCCAACUGCGGUAACACACGGUUCGGAUGCAGGAGUGAGGUCAGGACGAGGGUUCAGUGGCGUAUCUGCUGCUGGCAGUAGUUAUGAUAGAGGGUCAGGAUCUCGGGAUGGUUGGACCUACGAAUAUGAUACUAGAGGCCGGAAGGGCUUCAUGCCCAUAGAUCGAGUGCAGCGAAGUGAGUGGUAA